AUGAAUUCACUCGGGACAGCAAACACUCGGUUUGGGAUUGAUCUUCUCAAAGAGCUGAAGAAAACAAGUGACGACAAUAUCUUCUUUUCCCCUGUGAGCAUCUCCACUGCCAUUGGCAUGAUCCUGCUGGGCGCCCGAGGGAGCACGGCCCACCAGCUACGGAAGGUGUUCUACUCUGAAAAAGACACAGAAAGUUCUGAAGAAAGUUCUGAAGAAAAGGAGGCCAUUGAAGCUACAGAGGAGAUACACCAACAAUUACAAAAGUUUCUUGCUGAAAUAAACAAACCCACUAAUGAUUAUGAACUGAACAUAGCCAAUAGGCUAUUUGGAGAGAAGACAUAUCUCUUCCUUCAGAAAUACUUGGAUUAUGUUGAAAAAUAUUACCAUGCUGCUAUGGAUCCUGUUGAUUUUGUGAAUGCAGCUGAUGAAAGUCGAAAGAAGAUUAAUUCCUGGGUGGAACGAGAAACAAAUGAAAAAAUCAAGGACUUACUUCCAGAUGGCUCAGUUAGCAGCUCCACCAGGCUGAUACUGGUGAACACAGUUUGCUUUCAAGGGAAAUGGGACAGUGAGUUUAAGAAAGAAAAUACCAAGGAGGAAAAAUUUUGGCUGAAUAAGAGCACCAGUAAAUCUGUGUUGAUGAUGAAGCAGCGCCACUCCUUUAACUUCACCUUCCUGGAAGACUUGCAGGCCAAAAUUCUGGGCAUCCCAUAUAAAAACAAUGACCUUUGCAUGUUCUUGCUGUUACCGAAUGACAUAGAUGGUCUGGAGAAGAUUGUAGAUAAAAUAACUCCCGAGGAUCUGAUCGAGUGGACAAGCCCAGGACACAUGACAGAACGGACUGUGAGUGUCUGCCUGCCUCGGUUUCAAGUGGAGAACACUUACGAUCUGGAGGACACCCUGGGUGCCAUGGGGCUAGCGGACGCCUUCAGUGAGGACCAGGCGGACUAUUCAGGAAUGUCUGCUACUUCCAGGCUGCACACUCAGAAACUGCUGCACACUUCAUUAAUGGAGGUGACAGAGGAUGGCACCGAGGCAGCAGCUGGCACCGGAGUGGGCUCUGGCAUCACAUCAGCCCCCAAUGACGAAAACUUUCAUUGUAAUCACCCUUUUCUGUUCUUCAUCAGGCACAAUGCGUCCGACAGCGUCCUUUUCUUUGGCCGGCUUUCUUCUCCUUAG